UAGGGCGUCAGGGAAGAAGAAGGGGACGACUCUGUCCCAGCUGAAGAAGAGAGCUGUGCCGGCUGGCUCGGAGACUCCGAGUACCUUCAAGAAGCCAAAACCCCUACCUCGCCGUCUCGUGAAGAAAGACGAGUCGAAGGUUGCUGAGGGGGGAUGCCCUGAUGACGAAGAGAUGGGCGUGGACAAGCCGUCUCUGGUGGUGGACUUGGUGUCCAAAUCGAGGUCCGGUGGGCAUCCGGACGAGCUGGAGGACCCUCUUUCGGGAAUCCCGGCCGACGUCCGCUCUCAGAUACCGGCGGAGGUGGCCCGCCGAGCUAGGUCUUCGGGCGGUAAGUAUUAUUCGAACGUCGUUCAGACGUAUCGAGCCUCCUCUGGCAGUUCUUCUUACUCUCCGCGUCAUCCUAAGGCCGUUGUUUUUCCUAUAGCCAAAGACAAAGGGAAGGAUGCAGCUGCUGCCGAGGACGAGAACGUACCUGCUACUCCCCACUAUUCGUCAAAGGAUAGGGUGGCUAUAUGCCGCAAGGUUUUUAAGGCCGUCCCCGCAGAGUAUGUUGCUUCUCUUCCUGGCCGCAAGACUAACGCCCAGUUUGGUGCGAUCCAGGCCACUCUUCUCGACUUGUUCUGCCGCAUGGAAUUCUGCAAGAGUUGGAAGACCCGCAACUGA